CCAAUGUGCCAUCAAUGCCUCCGGUAAAAUACUCUGGUAAUAUUAUCCAUAAUAUAGAAGCGGUGUCCACACGAAGUGAUAUACAAACAGACAGAGGUGUUAAAAUGAGUGAAAUGAAAGAAUGGCCACAUCUGGUUGGGAAGAUGGGUGAAGAGGCAAAAGAAGAAAUAUCAAAGACAGACACAACCCUUCAGGUUGACUUAGUCCCGGAUGGAUAUAUGGUAACUUGCGAUUUCCGAACGGACCGAGUGCGCAUUUUCCUUGACGCAGAUGGGAAAGUCACGAGACCACCACGCGUUGGCUGACUGGUCAAGACCGUGAUCAACUAGGCCUACUUCUCUCCAAUCACGAUCGAGAUGUGAAUGAACAUUCUUCUUCAAUGUGACAUUUUCAUCACUAUUUACAGCAAGCCAUUGGACUAUUAUGUUGACACAUGCAGUGAGAAAAGUAUUGCCUAUUAUUAUGUGACUUAUAGGGUCCAUAAAAUUAUGUGACUUUAAUUCGUUUAAUGAAUUGAUUCAAGAUCCAUAGUUCAAGAGUUAGAUUGAAGAUAAAAGCUUGUAAAUUAAAUAUUAACCCGAUUAAGCCUCUUUGGCAUUUCUUUGUAGAAUAAUCAUAACACAUAAACAUGAAUAUUUUUGAUCUUUGUUUUACCUUCGCACGUGGUCGCAUUUCAUCUCCAGCUAUAGUCUUCAUUGGUUGAAAUACAGGUUUGGACUAUAUGAUCCUAUAGGUUGUACACCCUUUGAUUGCUCUUCCAUAGUAGGCCUAAUAAAAAAGCCAUUGCAGCUGAUGAU